GUCGGUCGGCCCUACCGCUUCCGCCAUGGAAUCGAACAAGGAUGAGGCGGAGCGGUGCCUCGCCAUCGCCGUCAGCGCCCUCCGGGCCCGGCAGCCCGAGCGGGCGCUCCGCUUCCUGCAGAAGGCCCAGCGCCUCUACCCCACCAACAGGGCGCGCGAGCUGAUAGACUCCCUCACACAGAAUGAACAGUCCUCCAACAGUCAGGCCCAGGCCAAGGACGCGACCAACCCUCACCACAGGAAAGGAGGCCCGGGAGAAUCCACGUCCACCAACGGCGAGGCGGGAGGGGAGAGCACCAAGGGCUACACGCAGGACCAGGUGGAGGCGGUGAAAAGGGUCAAGCACUGCAAAGAUUACUACGAGAUUCUGGGCGUGACCCGCGAGGCCUCCGACGAGGACCUGAAGAAGGCCUAUCGCAAGCUGGCCCUCAAGUUUCACCCGGACAAGAACCGCGCCCCCGGGGCCACGGAGGCAUUCAAAGCCAUCGGCACGGCAUACGGCGUCCUAAGCAACCCCGAGAAGAGGAAGCAGUACGACCAGUUUGGCGACGAGAAGAACCAGGCCGCUCGCCAGGGGCACAGCCACGGGGACUUCCACCGCAGCUUUGAAGCGGACAUCUCCCCCGAAGAUCUCUUCAACAUGUUCUUCGGCAGCGGUUUCCCUUCCAGCAACGUCCACGUCUACAGCAACGGCCGAAUGCGCUACGCCUACCACCAAAGGCAUGACCGGCAAGAGAACCAGGGUGACGGCGGCCUGGGGCUGUUCGUCCAGCUGAUGCCCAUCCUCAUCCUGAUCAUCGUGUCCGCCCUCAGCCAGAUGAUGGUCUCCAGCCCACCCUACAGCCUGAGCCAAAGGCCGUCCGUGGGGCACGUCCACCGGCGGGUGACGGACCACCUGAAGGUGGUGUAUUACGUGGCGGGCUCCUUCGCCGAGGAAUUCACGGGCUCCAACCUGAAGACGGUAGAGCGGAACGUGGAGGACGACUACGUGGCCAACCUCCGCAAUAACUGCUGGAAAGAGAAGCAACAGAAGGAAGGCUUGCUGUACCGGGCCCGCUACUUUGGCGACACAGACCUGUAUCACAAGGCACAGAGGAUGGGCACUCCAAGCUGCAGCAGAUUGUCAGAGGUGCAGGCCUCCCUGCAUGGAUAGUCCCCGCCGGCUCGCUCCUGCAGAGGUCAAACCAUGAAACACCUGGAGACUCUCUGGUGACAUGCACUGAGCCGAGGUGACGGACUGUUUAUUUUAAGAGGAAAAAACAAAACAAAAAAACCUUACAUUAAAGUGGAUUUGGAGGAA